UCUAACGACCAGAGUACCACAACAACCGAGUUACCACAGCGCAUGGUAUAACCUGAAAAAUCGAAUUUUGUUGAUAUUAAUUGUUGAGGAUUCGUGACUGAUCCGUCUUCUCUACUUUUUUUUUUAAACAUCGUUCGCGUUUUUACUUUAUCCGUGUUCAUCCGACUUUAGAUCAUCAACAAUGGCUCCUCGCUAUGAGCUUGCAGUUGGUUUAAGACGUGGUCACAAGACCACAAAAAUCGAGAGGGUUGGUAAAGUCAGUGGUAAAGAGCUGUCAGCCAAAAGCGAAAAGCUUAGACAAGCCCGCACCAAAGGUCGUUUAACUAAGCACAACAAAUUCAUCAGAGAUGUUGUUAGGGAAGUUAUGGGUCAUGCACCAUUUGAGAAGAGAGCCAUGGAAUUGUUGAAGGUAUCCAAAGACAAGCGUGCAUUGAAAUUCUUGAAACGACGAUUGGGAACACACAUCAGAGCCAAGAGGAAGCGUGAAGAACUUAGCAACAUCUUAUUGCAAAUGAGAAAGGCCCAAGCUACACACACUAAAUAAUUUCAAAGCGUUUAAUGUCUUUGUUUGAUAUGUAAUAAAAUGUUGACUGCUGAGAAAUCUGCAUUUUUCUUAAAUUCA